CCGGAGAUAGGAUUCCUUGCCUCAGCCUUACAGUACGAGACAGUAACUACACUAUAUAUCAUUCAGCGCCUUGAGCCAGUCCAGCAGACUUGCGACUCAUAGCCAACAGUUCAGCGACAAAGAAAACACCGGCAUCGAGACAAAGAGGCCGCUUGCGCAACGGCGCAAACUCGAUCCGACUUCUACCGGGAGCUGGAAGUUCUUCACCCCUCACCCCGCGCAUCGACCACCGCGCUCCCGCCCAGACACACCAACGCGCGACGACGCCAACCACCAUCAAAAAAGCAACCCACAACAAUGGCCGCCCCAACACAACCCACCAUCACGCUCUACCGCGGCUUCGCCAUCCGCGGCGCCCACGUGCCCUCGCCCUUCGUCAACAAGCUGGAGGCGCGCCUGCGCAUCGGCGGCCUGACCUACCGCGUCGAGACGGGCUCGCCGCUGCACGCGCCGCGCGGCAAGCUGCCCUACAUCGAGCUCUCCUCCGCGCCCGCCGCGGGCGAUGGCGAGAAGCUGGGCGACUCGGCCCUGAUCGCGCGCCGGCUCGUCGAGGACGGCCACAUGGCGGAUCUCAACGCCGGGCUGACGCCCGUGGAGAGGGCGCGGGACCUGGCGGUGCGGGCGCUGCUGGAGGAUCGGCUUUAUUUCUUCCAGUGCCGCGAGCGGUGGAUAGACAACUACUACGUGAUGCGCGACACGGUGCUGGCGCAGAUCCCCUAUCCCAUCCGGAUUUUCGUCGGCCUGCUGGCGUACCGCAACCAGAAGAACGUGCUGCACGGGCAGGGCGUGCUGCGCUUCACCGACGAGGAGGCCGCGGCGCAGCGGCACGAGGCGUGGGAGAGCGUCAACGCCAUGCUGGUCGACUCGCGCAGCAAGGCCCAGGCCGCCGGCAGGGACGGCCCCUUCUGGGUCCUCGGUGGCGCUAACCCAACCGAGGCCGACCCCGUCGUGUUCGGCUUCAUCGCCGGCGCGCUCAGUUGCAAGAUGGCUCCGGACACGGAGAAGAUCAUCCGCGGCAUGCCCGCUGUCAUGGAGUAUGCGCGGAGAAUCCAUGAUCGGUACUUCAGUGACUAUCAGCGCUGGCACGAUUAGAAGGUGAAGUUGGCGCGCAGAAACCAAGUAAUGAUGAACGAUGUGUACGAUCGGCAAAUAUGUCCUGGCGUUAUGUACUCUUCAAACCUUAGCGGAGGAACUGGAGCACUGUUUAAUAUUUUUUUAUUUUUAUUUUUAUUUUUGGGCUACGGAGGGAGAAAAAGUUGUCGACCCAUCCUCCAACUGUGCCCGUUACGCCUCCAUCAAACUCGCCAAUAAUUACACUCUGAGUGUUUCAGCAAGUUCGCGUCUCGCGGUAAUCGUGGAUGAUGUCUGGGGCUGGAGCACAAUACACUGGAACGCAGACUCAGUCAACACCUACGUUGAUCACGGGAUCAGAGCACGGUGUCGGCAUAAUUCUCCGCAGGCGAUGCUAGAGUUGGAGCGGAGGAAACCGGAGUUGCGGAACCCGGCGCCUCUAGGCUAGGAAAAGAGCUAAGACCAUCCAUACUUAAUGUUUCUAGCCCUCCUGUGUAUGCCAGGCACUCAAGGUCCGGAGCUAAGAACAGGCCUCGGGCUGCUCAGAGCAAGACUUGCCUUGAAAAUCCUCUCGCCCCCGUACUCAUAGCCACAGUCAACACAGGCCCUACGUCUUCCAAGAAAGUAAAGCAAAGAAACUCAAUUU